AUGGGGACAAGAGAAGAAAGGGAGAGGAGCAUAGAAAGGGGGGGAGAAGGCACUGAGGGGUCCAUUGCUGAUGCUGAUGCUGUUUGGGGGAAAAAAUUACAGGUGGGGGAGGGCAAGGGAGAGGCGUGGCUGAUGAGAGGCAGGGAACCACGUGCAGUGAAGGAGGAGGAGGUGUGGGAGAAGGUUGUUACAAAGGGAAGCCAGGGAGAGGAGAGUGAAGCUGAGAGAAGGAUGGGUCAGGGUAGGGGGAGUACCACUUCAGCCAUCACAGAGUUAUAUCACACAAGGGGGGAAAGAGAGAGCCAAGCAGAUGAAAGCCACAAGGGAAGUGAGGUGAAUGAGACUAAGGUUGAGGAGGAGGAAGGGCAAACUUCAAGGGGAGCGAGGAGCCUGGAACGACUGAUAAUAGUGGCAGAUGAUGGUACCUCACCAGGAAAAAAAGACAGGAGGAUUUUGAUGCCAUGGUCUCGAUCUAGACGUGCAGCCAAUAGACACCCUCAUUUCUCACUGUAUAACUACCAAGUUCAGGUAGCUGAGAACCAGCCACCUGGCACCUCAGUUAUUAUAAUGUCAGCUUCAGACCCAGAUGCAGGAGAUGCAGGCAGGGUGAGUUACACCAUGGCCCCGCUGAUGAACAGUCGAUCAUCUGACUAUUUUCACAUCCACCCAGACUCAGGCCUCAUCUCCACCACUCAGGUUCUUGACAGGGAACACAUGGAUCUGCAUUACUUCAGGGUCACAGGGACUGAUUUAGGCUCCCCUCGCCUCUCUGGCACCACUAUGGUAGCCAUUACUGUUUCAGAUCGGAAUGAUCAUUCUCCUAUCUUUGAGCAAACAGAAUACAGGGAGACAAUUAGGGAGAAUGUAGAGGAAGGCUAUCCCAUCCUUCAGCUGAGAGCAACAGAUUCUGACUCACCAUCUAAUGCCAAUAUCCGUUACCGGUUUGUUGGUGAUUCAGCUGCAAUAGCACGAGUUGCCUUUGAGAUUGAUCCACGUUCUGGUCUCAUUACAACUCGUGGAUCUGUGGACCGGGAAUCAAAUGAACACUACACGCUUCAAGUGGAGGCAAGCGACCAGGGGAAGGAUCCGGGCCCAUGCUCUGCUACUGUCAAAGUUUUCAUCACUGUGCUGGAUGAAAAUGAUAAUGUACCACAAUUUAGUGAGAAGCGCUAUGUGGUGGCCGUAAAGGAGGACGUUCGGCCUCACUCUGAGAUCCUUCGUGUGAGUGCCACAGACCGAGACAAGGACAGUAAUGCUGCUGUUCACUAUAACAUCAUUAGUGGUAACAGCCGUGGUCAGUUUUCUAUUGACAGUGUCACAGGUGAAAUUCAGGUAGUGGCACCUCUAGAUUUUGAGUCUGAACGAGAGUAUACACUGCGUGUUCGUGCGCAGGACAAUGGACGACCACCUCUCUCUAACAACACUGGAAUUGUUAGUGUUCAAGUUACAGAUGUCAAUGACAACCCACCUAUAUUUGUAUCCACACCUUUCCAGGCAUCUGUGCUUGAGAGUGCACCAGUUGGCAGCUCCAUCCUCCACAUUCAAGCCAUUGAUACAGAUUCAGGUGAUAAUGCUCGCCUGGAGUACAGAUUAACUGGCACUGGUUCUGACACUCCAUUUGUUAUCAAUUCUGCAACAGGCUGGGUCACUGUCAGCUCCAUUCUUGACAGGGAAUCUGUGGAGCAUUAUUUCUUUGGGGUCGAGGCCAGGGAUUAUGGCAUGCCACCUCUUUCUGCCACAGCGAGUGUCACCAUCACAGUCAUGGAUGUUAAUGACAAUCGGCCCGAGUUCCUCCAAAAGGAGUACUAUGCUCGACUGAAUGAGGAUGCAGCAGUUGGUACCAGUGUAGUGACUGUCACAGCUGUGGACAGAGAUGUCAACAGUGCUGUGACCUAUCAGAUAACAGGAGGAAACACCAGAAACCGCUUUGCUAUUAGCACUGCAGGAGGAGCGGGGCUGCUUUCCUUAGCUCUCCCACUGGACUACAAACAAGAACGCCGUUAUGUUCUGACUGUCACUGCCUCAGACCGCACACUUCAUGACACCUGUCAGGUACACAUCAACAUCACUGAUGCCAACACACAUCGACCUGUAUUUCAGAGCGCUCAUUACUCUGUCAGUGUGAACGAAGACAAGCCAUCUGGAAGUACUGUAGUUGUGAUUAGUGCCACAGAUGAUGAUGUUGGUGAAAAUGCUCGAAUAACAUACUUUCUUGAAGACAACAUCCCUCAGUUUCGCAUCGAUCCAGCCACAGGGGCAAUAACACUUCAGGCAGAGCUUGACUAUGAAGACCAGAUGACCUACACUUUGGCUAUAACAGCUAAAGACAAUGGCAUACCACAGAAAUCAGACACAACAUAUGUUGAGGUCAAUGUGAAUGAUGUAAAUGACAAUGCACCUCAGUUCCUCAGUCCCAGAUAUCAGGGGACAGUAAGUGAAGAUGCUCCUCCAUUCACCAGUGUCCUCCAGAUCUCAGCCACAGACCGUGACGCUCAUGCCAAUGGCCGAGUUCAGUAUACCUUCCAGUACGGUGAGGAUGGGGAUGGAGAUUUUACUAUUGAACCUACAUCUGGCAUUGUUCGAUCUUUUCGCCGCCUGGAUCGUGAGAGUGUGCCAUUCUACGAGCUCACCGCCUAUGCUGUGGAUCGUGGUGUGCCCCCCCAACGAACCCCUGUUCACAUUCAGGUGACAGUCCUUGAUGUAAAUGAUAAUGCACCUGUUUUCCCUGCUGAUGAUUUUGAGGUUCUGGUGAAGGAAAACAGUGCUGUGGGUUCUGUUGUAGCCCAAAUCACUGCUACUGAUCCAGACGAGGGUGCUAAUGCUCAGAUCAUGUAUCAAAUCGUAGAGGGCAACAUUCCAGAAAUCUUUCAGAUGGAUAUCUUUUCAGGGGAACUCACUUCUCUCAUUGACCUUGAUUAUGAGUCCCGUAAUGAAUAUGUGAUUGUAGUCCAGGCCACAUCGGCCCCUCUAGUCAGCAGGGCCACUGUUAGAAUCUGUCUGGUGGACCAGAAUGACAACCGGCCAACUCUGAAGGACUUUCAAAUCGUUUUCAACAACUUUGUGUCCAAUCGGUCCAACAGUUUUCCUAGUGGGGUGAUUGGGAGGGUACCAGCCCAUGACCCAGAUGUGUCAGACAGGUUGCACUACACCAUUGACCGGGGGAAUGAGCUUCACCUGCUGCUCCUGAAUCACACCAGCGGAGAGAUCAAACUGAGUCGAAAACUGGAUAACAACAGGCCACUGGUUGCUCCCAUGCUGAUCACUGUCACAGAUGGGGUCCACAGCAUCUCAGCUCAGUGUGUCCUUCGUGUCCUCAUCAUCACUGAGGACAUGCUGGGCAGCAGCGUCACUGUCCGCCUGCAGAACAUGUCCCAGGAGCAGUUCCUCUCACCGCUGUUGAGUAACUUCUUGGAGGGGGUGUCUGCAGUGCUAUCCGUGCCGGUUGAGGAUGUUUUCAUCUUCAACAUCCAGCCGGAUCUGGACGCAGCACCGGGAAGCAUCCUGAAUGUGAGCUUCUCUGCCACGUUGCCAGGUGGACGCUUCUUCCACUCUGAGGCCCUGGAGGAGCAACUGUACUUGAACAGACUGAGGCUGACGUCACUCACGCAGAUGGAGGUUCUGCCGUUUGAUGACAACGUGUGUUUACGGGAGCCUUGUCAGAACUACAUGAAGUGCAUCUCAGUGCUGCGCUUCAACAGCUCCGCCCCCUUCAUUUCUUCACCUUCCAUCCUAUUCCGGCCAAUUCACCCCAUCGCGGGCCUGCGCUGUCGAUGCCCAGUGGGCUUCACGGGUGAUUACUGUGAGAUGGAGAUCAACCUGUGCUACUCAAACCCCUGCCUGAAUGGAGGGGUGUGUGUCCGCAGAGAAGGAGGCUAUACUUGUAUCUGCCGUGAAGACUACACUGCUGCAAACAUCAGUGAGGCAAUGAUGGGCAACCUGUCUCGUGAAGACUUGCGGGACCUUUUCCCAGGACCAGAGAACUUUUUAAGAAGAAAAGCGAUCUGGAUUGCUUGUCAUGGUGCAUCAGAGGAGGUCAGUUUCUCUGUGACAUAG